GUCCGCCGGUUCCGGGCGCGCGGCGGUGACGUAGCGGGGGGGGGGUUGACCGGCUGUGGGGAUGGAGGAGAAAGAACAGCUGCGGCGUCAGAUCCGUCUGCUGCAGGGUCUCAUAAAUGACCAUAAAAACGUUCACGGCAAUGCCCCCGUGCCUCUGCCUUCCACGACUCCGAGGUGGAGAAAUCCCCGUCUGCCUACCUUCAGCAGUCGGGGCGCGUUCUCUGCAAGAUAUUCCCAGCAAGCCCCAAUGGAUUUCCAGCAGCAUCAUGGUAACUCCUGGAGGAAAAAAUACUCCCUUGUAAACAGACCACCUGGGCCAACAUCCCUUUCUGGGAGCGGUCUGUCUGCUAGCUCAUCCCAGGCUUCUGUGAGCCAUAGGAGCUGUCAGCCCCUUGGGUCACAGCCAGCGGCUUUGGAAAGGCACGUGGGCUUGACUACAGAUGGUAAUAUAGUUGUUGGGAUCAAACUGCCCCAGAGGACUAGCGCCGCUUCAGACAAUAGAAGCAUUGGUGAGCCGGGGUCUCUGCAAGGUUUGUCUGGGCUGAAGGAGGCUGGAGCUGCCGCAGAGGGUGCUAAAAGAUUACAUGGAUUUUCUUAUUCUCAAAACAUUGACGAAGAAACAUCUUUACCAGUCUCACGUUGUUCAGUGCACCUGGCUCCUGUUACCAGCAGCAGGGGUGAUGCAAACCCAGUGUAUCUCACAGGAAAGGGCAAAAUGAGGACCACAAAACUGCUCGGCGAUGUGACUAAAAGUGCCUCUGAGUUAUGUCGAACUAUAAGUGAAAGUGCCAUAGCGUUGAAAUCUAAGCUUCUGCAGCCUUCAGCCUUGCCUGAUCGAGAGGCAGGCUGGCUGUCAUCAGGGAAGAAGUCGGAGCCCCAGGUUCCGGCUCGGUUUAGUUCAGAGCAAGUCGGAGCAGGAAGAGAUGAUUCGAAAGAGCCAAAGAUUUUUGGACAUUCGGAAGCUUUCACUAGUUAUGCUCAGGCGGCCACUUCAGAGGCUGGUGCGGGCCCAGCUAAGAUCAAAUUUGUCAUGCCGCACAAGACCCCCAGUCUCCAACGAGCUGUCUCACCGGCAGCUUCCAGCAAAACUUUGAAGUUCAGAAAAACCAACUACACGUGGGUUGCAAACCCUGGCAAAUGUCCCCGUGUUAUGAGGAGGUGGACUAGUCCGAAGGCUCCUGAAAGUGGGAAGAAGCUUGCUUUUAGUGCAGAGCGAGCUGUGAAGCUGCUGCCAAAGGGGGACUUGGGAGCAAAGCAGAAGAAAUCUGGAUUGCAUUCAAAACCGAAUGCAUCUCCCAGUAAAUACAAAUGGAAAGCGUCCAGCUUGCAGUCCUCUCCUUCCACAUCCAAGUCAACAUUCACCUGGCAGUCUGGGAGCCAGCAGGAUCCUGGAGUCUCUCGGCUCCCAAGAGCCGACUCAGGCCUUCAGACCCUAAACAAUGCAUCCGUUAGUCAUGGCGGGUUGAAGCCUCCCUUUAACGAUGCUGCAUUUUCCACAUAUAAAGUGAAGAGCCGGACCAAAAUCAUCAGAAGAAAGGGGAGUUCUGGUUCCCCAGUCGAUAAGAAGAACUCCUCCUCCCCCACCAUGCCUCUGAAAAGUCCUAGCUAUCUCAGGAAGAGAACCUCCCUGCGGGGGAAACCUUCCCCGAUGUUGAAGAGAACUUCACCCAAAGGUCGGCUGGUGCAGCUCACCAAGCACAGGCUAUGCCGGCUGCCUGCCUCCAGAACGCACGUCCCUGCCAAGGAAGGGUCCAGCCUGCACCUUGUGAGGAGCCCCCCGGCUAAUAAAGUCAUAAAGACCCGCUAUAGGAUAGUGAAGAAGAAUGUGGCUUCCCCUUCAGGGUCCUUGUCGUCCUUCAGCGACCCCAUUCCCAGCUGGAAGACGAGGCGGCUUGCAGGAUCCAGAUCUCUGGUGUUAAACCGAAUGCGCCAGUCGCCUCAAGGAGGCAAGUCCCCGCAGCUGCAGCAGAGAUGGAGGAACAAAGGGUAUCGUUGUAUAGGAGGCGUGAUGUACAGGGUGUCAGCGAACAAGCUGUCCAAAACCUCCAGCCCCCCAGACCGGGGCAGCGACCUGAGCAACAAGAUACACGUCAAACCGGCAAGGUUGGAUUGUACACCCAGCGGUCCUGGCCAUUCCCCUCCCAGCUGUCUGAAUCGAUCAGCCACCAGCCGUUACAUUGCAAGCCGAGCCGUUCAGCGGAGUUUAGCCAUCAUUCGUCAAGCCAAGCAAAAGAAAGAGAAGAAGAAGGAGUAUUGCAUGUACUACAACCGGUUCGGCAAGUGUAACCGCGGGGAGAGCUGUCCUUACAUCCACGAUCCGGAGAAAGUAGCUGUCUGCACUAGGUUCCUCCGUGGUACGUGCAAGAAGACUGACGGGACGUGUUCAUUUUCCCACCAAGUUUCUAAAGAUAAGAUGCCGGUUUGCUCCUACUUCCUGAAGGGGAUCUGCAACAACAGCAACUGUCCCUACAGCCACGUCUACGUGUCCAGGAAAGCAGAAGUGUGCCCGGAUUUCCUCAAAGGCUACUGCCCCAGGGGAGAAAAGUGCAAGAAGAAGCACACCCUGGUGUGCCCUGACUUUGCCAAGAAAGGCGUCUGUCCGAAGGGCGCUCGGUGCAAACUGCAGCAUCCCCAGAAGCGGCAUGGGAGACAUGCCCCCAGCUCAGGGGACUCGGACCAGGGCAGCUCGCCACCGAAGUGGAGGCGGCUUGGGGAGCAGACGCUCAGGAGGGAAGCAGCCUGGGUCCACGACGAUGGAGAGGUGCCCGGACCCUCCAGAGCGGAGCAGGAGGUCAAGUUUUGGAGCGACACAGAGGCCCCCGGCACCAGCAGGCUCCAGAAGCUGCCGUCCUUCAUCUCUCUGCUGUCAUCCAGCUCCCCGAGUGACGAGGCCCGCAGACCUGAGAGGGACAAGGCAGGAGAGGACACAGGGGUGUGUAUUCUCUCCACAGCGUGGACAUCUCCCACUGGCACAGGACUCCAGCAACCUUCGCUAAGCUGGUGCUGGAAUUAAGCUGCUCUUCUAUCCCUGGGGAGAGGCACAGAUGACUUUGGAGAGCGGCACGGCAAGGGGUUUUUCUUUGAAGCCCGAAGAAAGCAGGUGUUGCCUUCUCCUAUUGCAAGAGGCUGUAAGGUUUUAGCGCCCACAGUUGCAGUGACCGAGGGCAAAAGCGGUCCUGCUUCCCCGUCACGCGGACCUGGGCGCGGAUCUUCUCUUCGGCUGUUUCCCCAGGGCAGGCUCUCUGCAAACAGGUCUGCCCCAGGUAGGGACCACUGCUGCGGAUGGGACUCGUGGGAGAGGGCUGCAUUGGCUGCUUCUCUGCCAGCAUCCCGCUCUGGCAGAGCCUGCGGACCCCGGCUGUCAUUUCAAACACUCCCGGCCGCCGCGGCAGCGCGAGACUCCUCUUCAGGGAGAGGGCACGCCAGCUUGUGUCACGUCGCUCAUCUC